ACGCUUGUUUGCCGCAUUGCAUUGUGGUAAUUGUAGUCUAUUUGUGCGCUUCCUUUGUCGGCGUCGUUUCUGCUGCGCUCAACUACUCCAGCACUAUUAUGUGUGCAGACAACACAGAAGAUGGAAACGGCGGAAACAAGAGGACGCCGUGUCCGUUACACGGCUGUAAGCGGGUGUACACAGACUUGGCCGCUCUGGAAACCCACAUCAAGGAGCAUGGGAUCUCAGCUCAGUCCCUUCCUGGAAAGGUCUUACUGUGCUCCACUGUUGGCUGUGAUGGUUCCUUCCCAAACAUGCAGAAACUGAUGGAACAUAUGAGGCAUCAUCACAAGCCCAACAUAUUCUUCCUGUGUGAGAGCUGUCGCACAAAGUUGCGUUCCUACCGUGGCCUCCUGACUCACCUGCACACCUGUUCCAAAAUGCCACGGGGCAAAACAAAGUCUACUGAACCUAUGGCCCCUCCGACUACUGCUGUGACCAACCCAAACAUUACCCCCAUGUUGAUGGACCAGAACCCCCCACUGCUGGAUUCGGUAUCUACACCCCAGGAACUAUCCUUACAAAUCCUAAACCCAGAAGGUUCCUUCCCUGCGGCUGUCCCUGUGCCAGACUCUGCUGAACCGCCUCUCCUUGGUCCCCCCUUCUUGUCUAACCCAGAGAUUUCCCCUCCCCAGCUUGCUCCUCAGCAGGUAACAGAGGUAGCUCCCCAGCCUCAGCUCAAGAAAGUUGCUGUGCCUCAUUCUCUAAAUAUAGUUGGCCCGUCAGCAGCUCCUGACCUGGCAGAUAACCAGGGUCAGCACCAGACACAGACCAGGUCUCCUGGAUCAGCUCCUCACUCUCCGCCUGGGUCUUCAGCUGUCUGGAAAAAGAAUCAAGGUAUGGCCUGCAACAGACGUAUACUCUGGGAGCACACUAAAGGCCGUUACACAUGUGUGCAGUGUGGCCAUUCAGUAACCAACCGUAAGGAAAUGACUCAACACAUCAACACUCAUCACAGCGGUCACAAACCUGCAGAAGACACAGGGAGCUCUGCCACUUGCACGUAGUGUGGAAGCAGAACGACUAAUUUAAAUUGGGAAGCAAGUGUUGUCCUUUUGAUGUCCUCUCAAACUCAUCCUCUGUUGAUUGAUUUUUUUGGAGGGGUAUCCAUAUUGUCCUCACAUUUGAAAAUACUUCUUACCUUGAUGGGUCCUUUCCACUAUUUUUCCACUUUCAGUGGCAUGCUGUAGUAGAAUAAUGUCAUUCAUUCAAUGUAAAUAAGUUGCUGGAAUUUGAUGCUGUAAAUUCCAGAUGAACUGAAUUUGUGUUUAAAGGCUCAAACACUGAAAGAGACCACUGUGCGUGUUUUUGUAGUACACCCACUUUUUCAAAUGGCCAAAAGUACACAAGUGUUUCAAGCAUCAAUUCUUACUUUUAGUCAUACAUUAAUAGUACAUACAACAUACAGGUCUUUGAAUCAACAUUAUGGUUUAUUGUGUAAGGUCAGUGUUUGGUCUGGACCUAAAGAUUGUUACUGCAUUGAAGAACAUGUAACUGUAUAAAAUAGUCACUGCUAUAAUAAUCGUGGUCCCACUCAGAAGGUCGUGCAUUUAUGUACUGUAGCAGAUGGAUCAGUACUUCUUAGGAGAGCUGGCCACUGUAGUUAAUCAAAUUUUACCCAAACAGGACAAUGAGUUUUCCAUUUGCAGCAGUGAAUUUAUUCAGAUGUGGUUCUCUAUAGAUUAUUUUCUCUAAAUUCUUAUUAGAGUGUUGUACUGAGUUACAAUGAAUAUAGAACACAGUGUUGCGCGCAGACGUUAGUAACAGUUUUUGAAAAAUAGUACAGUUCUCUGGCACAGUGGAAGAUGUCACAGUAGAUCAGGGUUUGAUAUACACACGCUAGUUUGUAAAAACAUUCACUAACAACUUGGUCUAUUGACAGUUGCGUCAAACUUGCCACCAGUGCCAGCCAGCCUUUUAGAUGCUAUACUUUGCCUUUGUGCCGCAUCCUUUUUCCUUGUUUACAGGUGCAUGUACCAUUACCAUGCACUUCUCAAAGUAGAAAACCCUUAACAAGAAAGACAAGGUAAAAAAAAAAAAAAGCUGUUUUUAUUUGAGUCAGAAUAAGUUUAUACAAGCACUUGAUUUUUCAGUGCCAAGAGAUUUUGGUCAGAUCAGGCUAUUCACCGUGCCUCGGUUCAUCUAAACAUGCUCCUGAUUAACAACCAUCUCUGACUCUUAUUCUGUCCAUUUCAUUAGCAUUACAUGCCCACCAGGCAGUGAGCUUAACAAUAAUUAACACAUCAAGACAAUACCACAUGACAAGAGGUCCCACUUGAUCAUUAAAAUGUAUUAUUAGACAUUAUCACAUGCAGAUUGAAGUGCUGUUCCUAAUCCCAUCACAUGGAUGUCACUGUCAACAAAUAAUCUAUGUAUGCAUUUAUUAAAAAGCACGGGGGGGGCCUUUCACAAUGGUAUGUCAUAACAUUAUUCAGACUUUUUUUUUUCAAUUUUUGUACAUGUGGGUUUUAAGAAGAAAAUGCUUUUAUGCCCCAUCUCAUCGUCUCAUGUAGUUUCAUUCUGUACAUUUGUUAAUAAAUCAAAAUCUGCUGGAAAUCAACUGGAAAUUAAUGCGCUUUUAUUUUUCAUGUGAUGGCAGGUUUAGAGGG